AUUUUGUAUGUGUAUGGUAAUCGUGCUUCUCACGUCAUCCCACCAGUGUUCACAACAAUGGUCGUGCCGGUUGUAUUUUAGGUUAAAUCCUACUCGCAUGAUCUCUAAUAUAGUUUAUCAACUCUAACAGAGUAAAAAAUGGACAAUAAAAUAACGAUAUGUGAUCCUGACGAAGAAGAAAUUGAAAAUGAUUUAUUGCGUGACAUCGAACCAAUCAUGUGGAUCAAUGAUGAUCCAAACUAUGACUUGGACGAGAUUAACAUGUUUUUUCACAGAGUUGAUUCAGCUCAAAUUAUAUAUGAAGAAAAAAAGAAAAAGUGCAAAUUUAUCGGUAAAUAUGUCAUGGGCGACGUUCUCGGUGAAGGUAGUUAUGGAAAAGUAAAAGAAGUAUUGGAUUCGCAAACGCUCUGCCGAAGAGCAGUCAAGAUAUUAAAGAAAAGAAAACUUCGUAGGAUACCGAAUGGUGAACAGAAUGUUCAAAGGGAAAUAAAAUUGUUAAGAAUAUUAAGACACAAGAAUGUAAUAAAUCUUGUAGAUGUUUUAUAUAGUGACGAGAAAGAGAAAAUGUAUCUAGUUAUGGAAUUUUGCGUAUGUGGAUUACAGGAUAUGUUGGAAAGCGCACCAACCAAGAAGCUUCCCCUUUGGCAGGCACAUGACUAUUUCUGUCAGUUGUUGGAUGGUUUAGAAUAUCUUUAUAGUAAAGGAAUAGUUCACAAAGAUAUAAAACCUGGAAAUCUGUUAUUAACUUUAGAUGGUACCUUAAAGAUUAGUGACUUUGGCGUUGCAGAGGCAUUAGACAUGUUUUCCAAAGACGAUACAUGUACGAUAGGUCAGGGAUCUCCAGCGUUUCAGCCACCAGAAAUUGCAAAUGGCUGCGAAAGUUUCUCAGGUUUUAAAGUAGAUAUAUGGAGUAGUGGAGUUACAUUGUAUAAUAUAACAACGGGUUUAUAUCCUUUUGAGGGAGAUAAUAUAUAUAAAUUAUAUGAAAACAUUGGAAGGGGCGAAUAUACUAUACCGAAAGAAGUAGAAGAACCUUUAAAAUCGCUCAUAGAGGGAAUGUUGCAGAAAGAUGCGGAUAAAAGAUUUACAUUACAACAGAUUAAAAGACAUGCUUGGACCAUAUGCGAGCACCCUAAAAUGCAGAAAGAAGUACCUAUACCUCCUCUUAAAAGUAAUGGGUGUCAUAGUAUGACUGUUUUACCAUAUCUAAUGGAAUAUCAUUAUGGGGUUGAUGAUAAUCCUGUAUAUUACACAGAACAUCAGCUAAAUGAAGAACGAAGACUUCAAGAACUGGAUCGUAUUAGCGAGGAUCGAAAAACUACAUGUAAUAGUCAUGUAAAUGCUAAACCCAACACAAACAGUCAAAACAAACGGAGAUGGCGUAAAUCUUGUAUUAGUAUUAAGAGAUUUUCAUCCUGCAAGCCAUCGUGAUUUUACUGAUUGUAUCGCUAUUCUUUCGUUUAUAUCUCACUGACUAUGUCAGUUACAAAGCUUCUCUAUGGUGGAGACGACUGAAAGCUCGAUUAAUGCCGAGCGUACAAGAUGUAUGUAAUUCAACUACAGCACGAAUAGAAUGUAACGCUUUUGAGUCGAUUCAAAAGCAUCGGAUGUAAACAUUUGUGAUAUUAAGAUUAAAUCGUGUAGCGCGAAUAAUUCAACAACAUCCUUAUUAAUUCGACCCAUGAAAUGCCCAAUUAAAGUCAAGUUUCGUUCUGGUGCCAUAUGGAUAAUGCGAUUAAUAAAAUUGUUAAUCGUCAAA